CUCAGCACACAUACAUUCAGCACUAACCACGCCCAACAGUGGCUUCGAGUGAUUUAAUUGGAUGGUACUCGAUAAUCCCCGCCCAUAAAACACUUCAGCCUCGACACGACGCCUUCUUACUGCGCACGACGCCUUCUUACUACGCCAAUAGCGUCAGUGAUGCCGUAGCUCCGGAGUCCACCAAUGCUGCCUUAGGAAUGUACCAAGUGUGACAACGGGGGGAGUCACAAUUAGGGUUUCUAUUACAUUGUGUGAAUGAGUUAGUCCCCCGCAUCACCGUAAGAUGAGCUGUCCCGUCUCCUUGGCAACCGAAGCCAACACACGUUCAGGAGCAGAGAAGCAGGAUCCCUGCGGAGGGGGGAGCUAGAGCCACAGGCACCAGGCAGGUCGCAAUACAGUGUACAACAAUGCCUAUGGAAGGGAAAUCCGACAUGGACAGGAUUGGUCUGUUCAGUGAAAUGGGCUACAUUACUAUAGGAGACAAAUAUGUCACUCCUUGCUCUAAACCAUUUAAUGAAGCUGCAAGUAAGAACAGGCAGAUGCUUCCUGGUGGCUCCAAAUCCAUGGCGAAUACAUUAGGUGGUUACUUUGAUACACAGUUCAAAAGAACAUUUGACGGUGAAGCUUACUCGGACCCAUUUAAGCAAAGAAGGCAGUAUCGCAUACAGCAGGCCAAGAAGAAUCUGGGAAAGGCCUUCCUUCCCUCUAAUGGGGAAAAAAAGCCGUCUGGAGUAGGCAACUUUUAUGGUACACUCAGCGGUCCAAUCCCAGCCUUUAGCGCGGAACUAAAAGCAAGGAAAUCCUAUACUGCACCAGGGAAAAACCUCUACACAAACCCCCCCAAGCAGGGCACGGGAUACGGGUAUCCCAACAUCACCAUAGGAAAACCUUACUCCUAUUCAUCUGAUGAUUAUGACAUAUUCAAGGAGCUGAUGAAGAAAGAAUUAGAACAUCACAAAUCAAAACUUAAAGAUGGCCCUUUCAGGUUAAACCUUUGCCCAAAGGAAUACUUUGACAUCAAUCCUUAUCGGACUGACAAACCUUUACCACCACUGAAGAAAAAGGAAGAGAAAGCACAAAAUGUAAAACCAUUUAAGCCAAGUUCACCUGCUAAAGUGGCUGGCGGCAUGAAGGCUGGAACUUUUGACCCUUAUCCAUCUCACUCCAAUGAUCUUUAUGGGAAGCCAGUUACUAAGAGUGCAGUGAAAGGAGGAAAGAUAUUCCAGCCUCCAGCAGGUGCCAAGUCGUACCCCAUAAAAAGUGUUACCACAGCACAUGUUACAAGGUCAGUGAACCCAAUGAACUACAAGACUAUAAAUCUAAUGUCAUAGUAAAUGCCAACCUGGAGAGCAGUAACUUAAAGCCAAUAAACAAGUGACAACAAAAAAACAAUCUACUCUCUCUUACAGUUUAUAUUUUUCUAAAUAAAGUUUUAUGGUGGUAUGACAUUAACAAGC